AUGUGCACUAAGAAAUACCAAUACUAAGGCAAGACAUUAGCCAAGAUUAAGUAACAAGAUUAGUCAAAGUAAAUUAUAAUUGAAGGUGAAUAGAAGGUAUUCGAACCACUCAUUAAUAUAAUGCUAUAGCACAACCCUGCUUUAAGAAUAGAUGCAUUCUAUGUGCUUCUAGAACUUUGCUUACUUAACAACAAACCGGUUAAAAAGCAUUUAUAAAUAGAGGAACAAAAACAAAGUCAUCAUAGUCCUAGUAAUGAUGAAACUAAAAGUGCUUUUGCUUUAACGAUACAAUCAACCAAUGCUAUUGUUAACGAAAUUAUAAAAAAGCUAGGAGACUUUAACUAUGGUGCAAUUGAUAAGGUUCAUCCAAAUCCAAACAGAAUCUUCAUGUGA